CCCUGUUUCUUAUCUUCCCUUAAGAACGAAGUUUCGGUUGAGAUUUCGAGAGACCAUAGUUUGGAAGCUAGAAUGUCUGGCCAACAGGAACGCCAUCAUCGUUUCCGCAGAUGGAAAAACCGAUCUGACCCCCCAUCUGCGUCGUCGACAUCAUCUACCUACGAAUCACCACCUAGCGACCGAACGCGUAACAGAUUAGUCAAGCCUGCUCCAGAGCAAGUUGAACCGCAUUCAAGACCGCAUCGCCCUGAUGUAGAUCAUGCGACCGACUUCGUGGACGAUGAUGCAGGACGCAUGAGUCACAGUGACCAGCAUCCGGGUCCCGAGACUAAAGAUUUCUAUUCGCCUAGAAGUCCUACGCCUGGACAAGGAGUGAACAGAGAAGCAAGAGUAGAUAUUAGGCGGGUAGAUGAAAGACACAGAGCACGAAACUCGGUUCCACAGCCGUAUCGCGAAGAUAGCGGACGAAGAGCGGACGCGCGCCACCGCGCUCGGGAUUACUCUCCACAGCGAUACGACGAGAACGAACCGAGAAGAUCUGAGAGAAAUCAUCAUAAUCCAGAGAGUACACGUCCUGGGCGUGACGCACGAAUAUCGGACGAAUACAAUGGUAGAGCCAUGCCUCAACGUCACGAAGGAAGACUUCAAGGAGAGGUUAGCAACCCACAGCGUCACGGAGACGUCGUGCGCAGCCGGAAUACCCCAUCGAAUCGGGAGAGCAGCCUUCACAGAGCCGAUAACGAGGUACACCGAGAAAGCGGAAUAUCAAGGAACCAAAGGCGAGAAACAGCCGCCAGAGAACCAGUCCGACAAGACACUCCGUCUACAGCUGGUAGCCAGCAAUCGCCACCAGCUACUACAACACCAGAACCAGAGAAUGUAGCAACCUCACAACCAAACACGGAAAACGGAUCAAAUGCUCUUCUCUAUCGGCUGGGAGAGACUGCCCUCAACUCAUCCGAAACACACCAGACACUGAGAGUCGCGAUCGGAGCUGCUGCCACGGUCGCACUUUUUUCAAACCCGUUGACUGCAGUAGUCGCAGGGGCGGCUGUCGCCGGAACUGCUUGGGCAUAUUAUCAACGACCGACAGGAAGUGUUGCGUUUGAGUUUGAAGACCCCAAUCGCGGUCGCUUUCGGGGUGUUGUGACGCCUGAACCAGUUUCUUCGCCCCGACAGUUGAUGGAUCGCUCUUUUAGAAACGAUAGACUGAUCGAACAGCCUUCCAGUCGUCCGAGAAGAAUCAGAAAUCGUUGAGCAGACCCCAGGCCGUGUGCGUGUGUCCUGUGCGAUUAUUCGGCUUGAAUAUCACAAUAAAAGCAAACAACACUUAAUUCAUCACAUAAGAUUGCCGUGCACUCGUUCAUGAUUUGAUCUUCUACUGCCACUCCGGGGAAGUAUUUCAUCCCGAUAGUGAUGUGUCGUACGAUUUCUUGAGCACAGCCUCUCGAUCUCGUAAAUCCUGCACUUCCGCAGUUCGUGAAUUCUUCCAACGAGUAUUGCAGUCAAUGCCCAAAAGAUUGCAUGUUGUACUCGUAGCGGAAACUAGAAUGUCAAAGCAUUAUACAUACAUAUAC